CCUUUGGGGGGGGGAUGACUUGAUUUCCUUAUGGUCUCAGUGUUCCUGCUGGAUUUGGUUGACAUCUCCUGUUUUCUCCCCCCCUCCUCAUUGCAGAGCUGAGGGAUGACGAAGACUUACACCAAACCCAAGGAGAUGGCAGAGCUGGUGGGCACCCAGAGCUGGAUGGAUGAAGCUCUGAGCUCCAAGGAUGAGCUGAAGGCAGAGAACGGCAGGCAAGGAACUUUUGGGUUGGUGCCGGGCUUGAACGAAGAGCACGACAGCAUCGAGGAGGAAGAGGAGGAAGAGGAUGAUGGGGAGAAGCCGAAGAGAAGAGGACCAAAGAAGAAGAAGAUGACCAAGGCCAGGUUGGAGAGGUUCAGGGCUCGGAGGGUGAAAGCCAACGCUCGUGAGCGCACAAGGAUGCAUGGACUGAACGAUGCCCUGGAUAACCUGAGGAGGGUGAUGCCCUGUUAUUCCAAAACCCAGAAGCUGUCCAAGAUUGAGACGUUGAGGUUGGCAAGGAAUUACAUCUGGGCUCUGUCCGAGGUGCUCGAAACGGGGCAGACUCCAGAAGGGAAGAGCUUCGUGGAGAUGCUCUGCAAAGGUUUAUCCCAACCCACCAGUAACUUGGUGGCCGGCUGCCUGCAGCUGGGACCGCAGACCUUAUUCCUGGAUAAGCAUGAGGAGAAGACCCCGGGGUGUGAGUCGGCCAUUUCCAGCCACUCCUUCACCUACCAGUCCCCAGGGCUGCCCAGCCCCCCCUAUGGCUCAAUGGAAACCCACCUGCUGCACCUAAAGCCCCCCGCCUUCAAGAGCCUGGUGGAUGCUUCUUUUGGGAACCCCCCCGACUGCACCACUCCCCCAUACGAGGGUCCCCUCACGCCGCCCCUGAGCAUCAGUGGGAACUUCUCCUUGAAGCAGGAUGGCUCUCCAGACCUGGAUAAACCCUACGCCUUUAUGGCUCACUACCCUUCAGUCAGCCUGGCUGGUGCACAUGGACAUCCCACCCACUUCCAAAACGCAGUGCCCCGCUAUGAGAUCCCCAUAGACAUGAGCUAUGAGUCCUACCCUCACCACGUGGCUGGGCCUCAACUCAAUGCCAUCUUCAACGAGUAGCAAAGCAGGGUCGGAUCCAGACUCUUGGUGCAGUGAUGGGCCACGUUGAGGAGCUCUUUUAUGAAUGGAGCUCAAUGGGAGCGAGGAAAUCACUGCUGUGGGGCAGUGUGGUGGACUCCUGAGCCCCAUGGGAUAUCCCCGUGGUCCUCCUGUCCCCUCCCACUCGUGUCACCGUGCUGCUUUUCAGAGCCAUCCCCAGGAGCCAUGUAAACCCUUCCUGAGAGCCACUGCACUGCGGAGUCCCACACCUCCAUUGAGCAUCACACCUUUCCAUGGGGGGAUGUGGGCUUCGAAGCAGAACCAGCUCUAAGGAGUGACUGUGUAUGUGGGUCUUCUCCAUGAGCUGAACCCAUUUGGGGUGGAGGAGCCUGAGGGUUGUAUCCCCCCAUCCCCAUCCCCAUCCACCAGGGAUGCUCAUGGAGGAGCCUUUGCCCCACAGCGUUUCCCACCUUUGCUCCAUGGGAUCCUGCCCCACGUCUCUGGUUUGCCACACCAUCCUGACUCACCUUGGGGCAGAGGGAUGCUGUGAGUGAUGUGUCCUGCUCCAGGUGGGCUCCAACCCGUGUCCCUUCCCUUCACCCCAAUGAUGCCGUGCUUCCCCAAUGGGCUCCCAGGACCACCUGCCAGAACCCAAAGGGAUUUUUCCCCCAUGAUGCUUCCCAUCCAACAGAGAACCCCAUUACUGUGAACCAGCCAGGCUCACACCUUCCUCAGCUCCAUCCCAACCUCGGGGACCAACAGAGGUAGACCCAAACUCUUGGGGCAGAGAGAUCAGCCACAGUGUGGGUCCCUUUCUAUAAGAGAUGUAACCAGAGUGAUGGCGUUCCUUCUAUGGGGCCAGGUGGGAAACUGCUGAGCAUCACUGUAGGACUCCAUCCUCCUCCUGAGCAUCGCUGUAGGACUCCAUCCUCCUCCUGAGCAUCACUGUAGGACUCCAUCCUCCUCCAGAGCAUCAUUGUAGGACUCCAUCCUCCUUCAGAGCAUCAUUGUAGGACUCCAUCCUCCUCCACUGUAGGACUCCAUCCCCCUCCUGAGCCCUACUCCUCACUCCUGAUCCCUUGGUUGGGAUUGUGGGUGCACGGAUGUGAUGCCUUCAUGGAUGUCCAUACCCAGGCUGAGCCCUGACCCUUGCUGUACCCGAAGACAUCCAGCCCAAAGAAGUUCAUCUUCUUCUUCCCCUGUUUUAUUUAUUAUUUACUCGGGGUGCUGAUGCUGCCUAACUUAUUUCCUUACCCCCGUUCCUCCUUUCCCAUCCCCAUGCAUUGCUGGGGGGUUCUCAUCACGUUUUCCACCACUCCGGGAUUAUUUAUUAGCCGUUAUUUAUUUAAUUUAUUUCCCCCUCCAUACCCCGAUGAUCCAUUUUCCAUUGAGUAACCCCAGCCCUCAACCCCAGGGUAACCCAUCAUCGUGGUGAGCUCCGUAUUUAACACUGAUACUUCUCAUCCUUCGGAUGGUGCCCGUCAGCUCCCAGCUCAUCCCUGCGUAUUUCUAUGAGCAAUAACUUGGAAGGCUAUGCAAUAAUUUGUGGUUUUUUUCACCCAAAUCCAAGCAACUGCACCAGCAAAUCCCAUUGGCCUGGUGAGCCCAGCUGGGCAAAACCUUGCCAUCAUACAGAGCUGUUCUGUAUCGAGGUGGGAAUUUGGAUGUCCCUUCCCACCAACCAACCCCCCCCUACCCUUCCUCAGCCCCCCCAGAUCCCUUUUGUACGGAGAGCAAAUGUUUAUCCUUUUGUAAAGAAAGC